UGUUUACAGGUUUUCACCCACUCAAAUUCGUCGUGUUAUCAUCUCCAUCUGAUUUCAAUUCAACGUCGUUGAUCCAAAGAUGGAUUUUCAUUUUAGGCAUUUCCUUUAAUAUCCGCCUCGGUUGUCUUCUUAAACCAUUCACCUGGACAAGGUUUUACAGAGAGGUUCAAUGAUCGUCUCAUUCGUGUAUUACUAUUUAUAUGUCUGACCCGUGAGCUCCGAUUUUGGGUGUUUUCACUUAAUUCUAUCACGAUCUUCGAUGUUCUGUUGAUCAACCUCCACUUUUUAUCCUUCUGGGACUGUUCAAUUCACGAAUUCAGGUAAAUUUGGUGUUCUCCGAAGUAGGGAUACCAUUCAUUUUGGACCCAAAUCGGGUUAGGCAAGACUUCUUCGCAUUCCCUGUUCAUAAGUGAUCGAAGCUGUGUUCGUGUGAUUGUUUCUCUGCAGAGGCUCGGGAACUAAUAUCUCUGGUAUCAGAGACGGAUUCGAAAAGCUUGUCAUCACUAUCAUCGUUGUUCCUUUCUUGGAAGGCUGAGUUUUUCUCUGCUGCUGGCAACAUGGGGUGCUAUUCUAGCAAGAAUGCAGAUUCAAAGGCCAGCAGAGUUGCUCGAUGGCAAUCUACUGGCAUCGUGGCUUUGCGGGACUCAAAGCUGAAGACAUUUCCUGAUGAAGUUCUUGACUUGGACAGAUCUGUCCGCACCCUCGAUUUAACUCACAAUAAAAUAGUUGAUAUUCCUAUGGAAGUCUGCAAAUUAAUAAACAUGCAGCGUCUGAUAUUGGCAGAUAACCUUAUUGAGCGUCUACCAAUGAAUUUGGGGAAGCUCCAAUCUCUAAAAGUCAUGAUGCUUGAUGGAAAUCAAAUUACGGCAUUACCCGAUGAAUUGGGUCAGCUAGUAAGGCUUGAACGUUUAUCUGUCUCCCGAAAUUUGCUAUCAUCCUUACCUGAAACCAUUGGAAGCUUGCGGAAUUUAUUUCUUAUCAAUGUGUCAAACAACAAGUUAAAAUCUCUCCCAGAAUCAAUAGGAAGUUGUUUCUCCCUUGAAGAAUUGCAAGCAAAUGAUAAUCUUAUGGAAGGACUUCCCUCGUCUGUGUGCAAUUUAAUUCACCUGAAGUCAUUGUGUUUGGAUAAUAACAAUAUCGGUCAGCUACCAUCGAAUCUGUUGAAAGAUUGCAAAGCAUUGCAUAAUGUAUCUUUACAUGGUAAUCCAAUUAUAAUGGAUCAAUUUCAGCAGAUGGAAGGAUUUGAUGAAUUUGAAGGUAGGAGAAAAAAGAAAUUUGACAAACAAAUUGAUUCCAAUGUCAUGAUCAGUUCCAAGGGCCUUGAUGAGGGUGUCGAUCUAUAAAACCAUUGCACUGCCUUUAUAAAAGAAAAAUUAUUGAAGGAGACGGUUUUGCUUGUUUGCUUCCUUGUUGCUGUAAAUUCAAUGUGUGUGAAAGAAUUGGGACUCAAUUGUGCAACGUUUUGCAACAUAAACUGUACACAGGAGGGGGCUCCGAUACCACUGCAGUUUCGUGUAUAAAAUCAUAAGCCUUUUUAAUUGUGUUUAAUUGUGAUAAAUGACUUAUUUACGGUAGAUAUUAUUAUUGUAGUUUAAAAAUAUAUAUAUAAAUUGCUUUGUUGUCAUUAAAUUU